GAAAAAAUUCAGCAGAUGUUCAUUGUACUCAGAAUUCCGCUCAGAAAUACAAAUACUUCGCCUGUUCAAUAAAUUUCAAUUUUCUACGAUUGUUCGGGUGAAAUAAUUAAUAUUUUUAAUCAAUUCCUUCUCUGGUUUCAUGGAAUCCAACACAAGUCUCAAUUCUUCCUCUGAAAGAUUCAUUCCACUUCGAGGUAGUUCAUUUGGGUCUCUUCAAAUUUCUCAUAAGCUUCCCAGACCAGUCAGUUUGUCGUGUAGAGAUUAUUGCAGGAAAUUCACCAAGAAUGAUUCCGGAGUCAACUAUAUGCAAUAUUUCUACAAGAAAAGUCAAUAUAAGGAUUUGUUGAUAAAUACGCUGUUUCGAAGUCCACGUAGAGUAUUAUAUUUUUCUCCUGAACAGAAAGCAAGAAAGGAAAAUGAUAAAAACGAAGGAGGAAAUGAUUGGCCAGUUAAGGCAAGAAGAAAACCUCUAAUAACAUCUCCAGAAUACGUGUGUGACUUGGCACUCGCUGACACAUGUUUGGAUUGGACCAGACAAUCGUUAGAUUGGGGAUCCUCUAGUUCCAUAGGUGUUAUUCACAAGAGAUGCGUAUACACAUACAAUCCGGAUAAAGAUAUUACAUUUCAAACAUUAAUUGUUGGAGAAGAUGUGGGACAUUGCUUGAAAUGGUGUAAUGAUGGAAAACAGUUGGCAGUGUCUCUACGUGAAGGAGAAUUUGGGAUAUGGGAUUUGGAAAAAGGGAAGAUGUGGAGAAGAGGAGGUCAUCUCUCCAAAUUUUCGAAAGGUGAAGUAAGCCACAUCGCCACCACCAAUGGUUUCUUCGUCACGGCUCACAAAAACGGUAUGCUUCAAAUCUGGGACCAUAACCUUUUUCCUGUCGAACUUAAGUUCAGGGCACACAAGGGCACCAUACUGAGCGCAAAAAUUUCAUGCAACGGGAAAUAUUUAGCUACAAAUGGAACUGAUUCAUUCGUGAGGAUUUGGAGUCUACCACAUUGCGAAAAAAUCCUCGAGGCCCAAUGCGAAUACCCAGUCACUACAAUCGAUUGGCAUCCCUGGAAGGCCCCACUAUUGGCACUAGGGAGAUCUUCGAAAAAUAGCUUCAGCACAUUGUUGAAUGUCAACUGGCUUUCUGACCAAUAUAAAUUCAAUCCUUUCGAUUUUUCGGAUGUUAGAGUAGACUGCUUGGCUUUCAAUCCUGUUUCCGCCGAGCUGGUGUCGGCCAUCUGGUUAGAUCAUCCAACUGAAGAUAGCAAGUUUUCUCAUAAUAUUGUUGUGCAGAGUAACCUAAAUACGAUAGUUGAUGACAUAAACUUUCACUCAGGGAGGACUAUGUAUCUAUUGUGGGAUAAGGAAGGUAAAAGAUUAGCAACUAUUGGAACUGAUGAAAACUUAGCAGUAUGGAAGUUCUUCGGUAAGGAACAGAAGAAAAAAGUUGCGGUUAUGAAGAAAGACGCCAAUUUAUUCAGAGAGGGAGUCAUAAGAUGACACCAAAAUUAAUCUGAUCGUUUUAAUUGCGAAACUAAAAAUGUGCACUAUGUGUAUGUCAUGUCCGCAGAUAAACUAAGUGUUGUUGAUUGUCAUUGAAUAUCCGAAAUAGCUCUAACUUUUGGUUUUAGCG